GAAGAACUUAAAAGAACAGACGAUCGACAAAUCGAGCAUUCAUCUAUUCCGAUACCCAACAACCUCCAAAUUCUCCAUAUUUACCAUCGUCGCCCUCGCCAAUAGUAAUCCAACACAACGAUGGAGUUCACGGCCCAGCAGCUGAUCCAGUACAACGGCACCGACCCAUCGAAGCCCAUAUACGUGGCGCUCAAAGGCCGCGUCUUCGACGUCACGGACGGCAAGUCGUUUUACGGUCCCGGAGGGCCGUACGAGAUGUUCGCCGGCAAGGACGCCAGCAGAGCUCUGGCGAAGAUGAGCAAGAACGACGAGGACAUCACCGCCUCCCUCGAAGGCCUCACGGAGAAGGAGAUCGGCGUCCUCGCUGACUGGGAGAAGAAGUUCGAAGCUAAGUACCCAGUUGUCGGCCGCGUCGCUUCUUGAAAAAGUCUCUGCCUUUGGUCAAAUUUAAGGGUUAAUAGUAUGUCGUUCGACGCAAAAUAAGUGCUUUUGGGAAAAUCUGCUUCUGGGUAUGUGUGGUUUUUAUCAGUGUAUGUGAUCUUGGAACUUGGAUGUUGUUGUUUAUGUUUAGCUGCCAUGGAUAUGAAUAAAUAAUUAAAUAUUAUGAUUGUGUGAA